CCAGACCCUCCCCCCUUUCCCCCCCGCCCCAUGUCGCAGAAUCAAGACCCAAGACGGAGAACCUGUCCAGCAAGCCCCCCGCCCCACCCCCAUCACCCCGUAAACUCCCCUCCGCACCCCGGGACUCGCGCAGCCCGCUGUUCCCCAAGCUCCUGUCCAAGUCCAAGCCAUCCCCGCAACAGGAUAGCCGGAGCUGUCAGGAGGUGGCGGACGGCCAUCCCUGAGGGGGGUGGGGGGUGGGGGGGGGACGACGCUUGGCCCCGCCUCUGUCCCUGCAACUCGACCCAGCUGCGACCCCCAGCUCUGACGUCUCGGAAAAUCACCCCCCCCCCGGCCCCGGCCCCCAGGGGAGGGGGUGCAUGGUAUGAAAUGGGGCUGAGACCCCUGGCUGGGGACAGAGAAACCCGCCAGAGAACAUUCACAGGGAGCAUCCAUGGACUUGUGGAACUGGGAUGAAGCUUCACCGCAGGAAGUGCCCCCAGGGAACAGGCUUUCAGGGCUGGCCCUAACCUCCUCAUUGCCUGCAGAAGGAGGUGAGCUCGGCUUCUAUUUCCCUGAGCUGGCGUUCCCAGGGGACACGCUGACAGUGGAGACACGCUGGAAAGGUGGUUGUGGGCUGGGACCCCUGGGAACUGAGGAAGGGCUCUCACCGCUGGACUGGGGCUCCACGUUAACGCAUCCAGAAGCUACAUGGGAGGCGGAUCCCGCCCGUCAGGCUCUUCCGUGGUCGGGAGACUGGACAGACUUGACGUGCAACGGCUCGGACCACUGGAACGGCUUCUCCCAGGCCCCGGGCCCCGCCCCUCCCGGCCUGGGCCCCGCCCCCUUCGCCGGUUCUGCGGGGACAACGGAUCAGAACUGUGCCACCUCCGGGGGAGGGACCAAUUCGUGGUCUUGUGCCCAGGCGGCCCCCAGCUCCACCAACUGGGACAGUUCUAUUGGUCUCGACGGCGCCACCUACUGGGGCAAGGGCCUCCGCGGGGAGCCUCACGCGGACUCUACCAUUUCGUGGGUUGGACCUGCGGUCUCAGACUCUACCACCUCCUGGGUCUCGGGGCUGCAUACGGACUGCACCACUUCUUCAAAGGGAUACCAGGCUUCAGAUCUCACCACGUCCUCUGAACCCAGCCAGCAGUCGGACCACGUAACCUUGGCUUGUUACCCCAAAAGUAACCAUCGAGGUCCCAUUCAGCUGUGGCAGUUCCUCCUGGAGCUGCUCCGAGACGGGGAGCGUAGCAACUGCAUCCGCUGGACGGGCAACAGCCGCGAGUUCCAGCUGUGUGACCCCAGAGAGGUGGCGCGGCUCUGGGGUGAGCGCAAGAGGAAGCCCGGCAUGAACUACGAGAAGCUGAGCCGAGGCCUGCGCUACUACUACCGCCGCGACAUCGUGCGCAAGAGCGGUGGGCGCAAGUACACGUACCGUUUCGGGGGCCGCGUACCCGGCCUGGCCCAUACCGACUGCGCGGGAGGUGGACCGGGAGGAGCGACCCAAUAAAAAUACCCCGUCAAAUUA